UUUGUAAUUCACCUGUACUGCAGCUUGUUUAAUGAUGUAAUUAAUGAACAUAUUACUUUUUAUUUGUCUAAUCGCUAAAUGAGGAUUUCACCGUUAAGUAUGGCGACUUCGGGUACAGAGACUGAAGCUAGCUAAAGCUGCCUGCUAUGGUAAAUCCUAGUACCAUUAUGCAGUCACAUGGGGACAGUGGAUUUGAUCUGGAGGCCCAGCUGGCACGAAAAGAGAGGGAGUGGAAGGAGCUCCAGGCUGUAAGAGUUAAUCAGCUGGAGAAGGCCUUCAUAAAAGCCCAGGAGGAAUGUUCCACACUCCGAGAACAUUACCAGCAACUGAAGGAAGACUUCCAGUUCAACUUGGCCAUCUUAGAUGAACGAGACAGAGAGUUGGAGAAGUAUGACAUCAUAACUGCCAGAGCUCUGGCUGCAGAAGACAAAAGGCAGAGGGAGCUAAACCAGCUCCACGCACACAUCGCAACGCUGGAAGAGGAGUUAGCCAGAGAGGCUGAGGAGAGGCAGAGGGAGAAGCGGGAGAGUCAGCACGCUGCUGAGCAGCAGAGUUUGCAGAUGCAGGAACUGAAGCGCUCCAUGGCUGGCGAAAUUCAAAAACAAACAGAGGAGUAUGAGAUGGUGAAAGUGGAUUUGCAGUGCAAAAUACAAGAACUAGAGGGAGAGAUGACCUUGCAAAGACAGGAGAUGACAGCAACCUUUGACAGAGAGCUCAGGCAGCGGGAACAGGAGAUCAACUUGAAAAUGGAUGAGAUGUGCGCUCUGGUGAUGUCUCACAAUCUCAAGGUAAAGCUCCUAUCUACAGAGAAUGAAGUUCACUGCCAGGCGCAGGUGCAGGCCACAGAGGCUCUCAAAGCGUCUGAGGAGUUUUAUCGGCGGCUGCAAAGCCAGCUCCAACACAGAGACCGUGAAAUUAAAGACAUAACUUCUGUCAAAGACCACAGGAUAAAGGUGCUGAAGGACGAGGUGAAAAACAUGGAGACUAAACUGAAAGAGAUGAAGGAGGACUUCAUGAAAAAAUAUGAGAGUUUGGUCCAAACUCUGAAGGUGUGUGAUGUACGACUCGAGGCUCAAUAUCAGGCCCACACAGGGAAGCUGCAAGAGGCUGAGAGACACAUUGCUAAACUAAAGGACAGAAUGAAAGUCCUGGCAGCACAGGUACGCUGCACGGAGAAAGAACAGCGAGAGGCCUUGGAACAGAAGGAUAAGACAAUCCAGAGGCUUUGCACAGAGGUAGAAACAACACGGACUGGCUGGGAAAAGUAUAUGAGUAAUGUCUCCAGGGAGACGGUUGCCAAGGAUAAUGAGAUGAUCGCCCUCCAGGACAGAGAAUCCAGAGUUAGGGCUGAGCUUGAGAGGAGCAGGGAGGACACAGAGAGGUACAAGCAGCAGCUGUGUGACGGUUUGAAGAGAGAAAAAGCCUUGGAGCAGAAGAAAGUCCAGGUGGAGCUGGAGUGGCAGAAACACUGUGAAGACAUGAAGGCCAAAGUCUACCUCACCAAUGAGAAGCUAAUACAAGAACUGACGCAAGCUCGAGAUCAGGCAAAAGCCGAGCUGAAGGAGAAAGAACAAGAGCUACAGGAAAUGACUGCCCUACUACGCUGUGUGAAAUCGGAGAGAGACCAGGCAAUUCAAGGUCUCACACCAACGUCGGACUCCCUGGCAUCAGAGCAGAUUUGUCGCAUGCGGGAGCAGAACAGCGUUCUACGGGCUGUGGUUACUCAGAUGAGGAAAGACAUGGAGCAUCUCAGCCAUCCCACACUGCUCUCCCGGGCCCAGCCACAGGCCUCGUCUCCUCAGCCAUUUCAGCAUCCACCUGUUGACACGUCCAUCACCUCUGCAGCUAAAUCCCAGAUGGCAACAGAACCACCUUCCGAACCCACUGACAUCACGUCCAAAGUCAGCCAUGCAGAGGGUCGUGCCGAAACCUCUUUAAUGAAGAAGCAGCAGAACAAAGUGGCACCUAUUGAGGCUGCUGUCACCAACACCAUGCAGAAGAAUGCACGGGUGCAACAGCUCCAAGAAGAAAACUUGUUCUUACGGCAGCAGCUAGCCUCAGGUUUGGCUGAAGAUGUCUCACACACUAAAGGCAACCAUCCUAUUUUGCAUAAGAAGCUGAAGCAGGCGGCAUCUUGCAUUGCUCGUCUGAGCAGAGAGAAGCAGCAGCUGAUAGAGAUUGGCAAUCGCCUUCGUGCCGAGAUCACCACGGCUGGACUACAGGAACCCAUGGAGGCAGAGAAGGACACUGAGGAACAACAAGAGCAACAUGACCGGCUGUCUGCUCUGGAACAACUUCAGUACCAGCUCACCACACAGGAGCUGCAGUAUGCCUUGAGGCAGGCGGCUCGCACUGGUGCAAAACAGCUUUCCCCGAUAACUGAGAACCACGGUCCACCCACAAACGGUACAGCCAACACGAGCCACAGUCACAAAACCACAGACACAUCUGAGAGCUGCAAGAACAAAGAAAACUCUCCUCCGCCCAGCCAAUCACAGAGCUCAAUGGAUGCAGGGCCUCAGCCCCGCUCAAACCUGUCUAACGUACAGUUUUCUUCAGUGGAUUCACUGCAAUCGCUAAAGGAACUGUGGGCAAAACUUGACCAUGUAAAGAGUCCAUCUACUUUCUCAGAAGGUAACAGUGAGCUCAGUGUGCGGGAAGUGGCCGAGCCUGGUGGUGCUGAAGUCCAGAUGGCGGUGCAUGGCAUAAGUGCCCCCAUUCAUAGGCAUUCCCAAACUGAGGUCCAGCAGAGGACGGACACCGUUAAAACUCCAUCAAACACUACCAAGACCCGCAGACCUGGAGCGUCUGGCAAGAUCAGAAACUACAGUGUUAAAGACUGACACACACAAGCAGGGCAGUUUGUUAGUAUGCUGGUCAUGUCUUACUCAGCCUGACAACAGUUGUACAAAAUCAUCAAUGGCUCUGCUGAAGCCUUGCAAAGCCGGGCACCGUCGGAUUUAUCUCGGCAACAGUUUCCUAACAGAAAAGUGUACAUUGCAGAUUGUAGGCAUGCAGUCUAUGACGUUUCUUUACUUCGAGUUUUCUCGAUAACUAGACAAUCAUAGGAUUGCACAUGUUGCACAUUGUAGUUUUAGCUGGACUCGUACUGAGAGAUAAAGAUUGGGAUAAGACUUUGUCCCAGUAAUCUCUAAUCUGUCUCUGCUGAGUUCACAAGAUUCAUAAAAAUAAGUGAACACAAUGUGUGAAGAAUUGGUUAUAUUUUACAUAUAGUCUCUGUAUUUUUGUAUCCAUUUUCUAUGUUUUAUUUCUUGGUAAUGAACUUUUCACAUUGCAUUUUUGUUUUCUAUUGUUUCCCUUUAAAAACAAAAACAAAAAAAACACGACCAGUGCCUGCAGUUGGAUACAGAUUGCACAUGGAAGAAGUUUGCCUUGAAACAAACCAAGUAGGUUUUGUUGCCAGGGGCCACAUCUGGGUCACAUAACGUGCAAUUUGAUCUCAAGUGGGCCAGACAAGUAAAGUAAUAGCAUAACUAUAAACAUUUAAUGAAGUAUCUUUUUACAAAACAAAUAAUGAAACAACAAAAAAUAACUUACAACACAUUGACAUUUUCAAAAAAUUCAUCCUGUAUGUUUGACACCUCUGAUCUAACCAAACAGUGACUCACUCUCACUCAUCUUCUACCGCUUUAUCCUCCACAUGAGGGCCACGGGGGGCGCUGGUGCCAAUCCCAGCUGACACGGGGCAAAAUGCCAGUCCAUCACAGGGCCACAUAGAGACAAACAACCAUCCAACUCUCUCACUCGCACCUACGGUCAAUUUAGAGUGUCCAAUUUGCCUAAUCCCCAAAUCUGCAUGUUUUUGGACUGUGGGAGGAAACUGGAGAACACGGACAUGGUGACAGUAGCAGCGGCAGCAGUGCCAGUGUAUGUUUCAGAUUAGUAGUGUGGUAGCAGGCAUACAGGUUUGAUACAGUAAAAAGAAAAAAAAGGGUGUGUUGGUUGUGCGUUUGCCGUGAGAACAGUAUAGUAUCUGUCACGUGAGUGUAGCAGCAAGCAACGCUGGGCCGCCUACUAACUAAAGCUGUCUAUGAAUUUUCUAUGAGAUGUUUUAUAUUUCGUAAAUUGUGGUUUUUAUACAGAAAACCAUUUCUGUCUGACACAACUUAUACACUUGGUUUAUACAUUUUUUUGACUUUGUUUGAUUACAGUCAAUAACCCCAUGUAUUUGUUCAUUGUUGACAUUAUUGAUUGUAGGGUCAUAGUGUGCUGUUAAAGCUUAUCACGGUGUUGCUUCAGUAGGUCAAUGGCAGAGAAAAGGGAUGCUGCUGGAGAAGAUCAUGCUAUGUGAAGUGAUGAACUCCAGUAACCCUCCAAGAAGUCAGACGAGCUUUCCUGCAUACGUCAUCACUGGCCCCGCCCUGUAAUCACCCUAUCUCCCAGCAGCACCCUCCCACAAACUGUGAUUGGAUUAAAACUCACAUCCCUACCA